AUGGAGUUCAGCAAGCAGAACAGCGCAUCGAUACCGCCGACAAAAAGCCUGCUUGAUUACAUCCACGAAAAGACGAGCGAGCUGUACACGGAUGAGAAUUGGAAUCACCUUCAGGAGGCUGAAAAGGAGAAGAAACGCAACCUAUUGCACAUUAUUGCGGAAAUGUGGGGUGCAUUCGUCGGCAGCCCUGUCGAACGGCAGAGCCUGAGGUUCUUCUGGCUCGAGGAGUGCAUCGACGGCGAAAACCUGUUUGUCGCGGAAACUUACCACAAGAUUUUGGAGAGAAUAGCGAAGUCCGCCUUGGAAGGUGCAGAUGUCAAGUUUGGCCAACGCGUGAAGACGGUCGAAACUGUUGCCGAUGAGGAGGGCAACGAAAAUGGCGCCGUGCGGGUGCAUCUGGCCGCCGGCCAGAGCAUGCUUUUCGACGAGGUCGUCAUGACCACGCCCCUGGGCUGGCUCAAGCGCAACAAGGACACCGCAUUCGUGCCGCCGCUGCCCGAACGCUUGUCCGAUGCCAUCGACAGCAUCGGUUACGGCUGCCUCGACAAGUUCUACAUCAGUUUUCCAACCGCGUUCUGGGAAGAGACUCUUUCACCUUCCCCGUCGACCACCUCCCCGGCCCCCGUCCCGACCUCCGCCCGCCAAGCCGUACCCAACACCACCGCCACCACCGCACCCGUCCACCAGCCGGACCAGACCGCCGCCGCGGACGACAACAGCGGCAAUCGCCACCACUACCCCGGCUUCGCGCAAUGGACGUCCCCGCUCUACGCAUCCUCCACCAACCCCAACCACUGGAGCCAAGAAUGCGUCAACAUGGCCGCCCUGCCCGGCUUCACCGCCCACCCAACCCUCCUCUUCUACACCUUCGGCCCCACCUCGCAGCACCUCGCCUCCCUCCUCCUCAGCGCCUCCGACUCCUCGGACACUAACAAACAACAGCAACUCCUCCUCGCCUUCUUCGCCCCCUACUACACCCGCCUCCCCAACUUCAACCCCCACAACCCCUUGCACCAGCCCUCCUCCGUCCUCGCCACCGCCUGGACCAACGACGAGCUGGCGGGCUACGGCAGCUACUGCAAUUUCCAGACGGGCCUGGAGAGCGGCGACGACGACGUGGAGGCCAUGCGGCGCGGCUUGCCCGAGCGAAGGGUGUGGUUUGCGGGGGAGCACACGGCGAGUUUUUUGGCCUUGGGGACGGUGACGGGCGCGUAUUGGAGCGGGGAGGGCGUGGGGAGGGCGAUCGGCUGGGCUUAUAACGGCGGGGAUGGGGAUGGGGAUGGCGAUGGCGAUGGUCAGCGGCAGAUGAAGGAGGGUUUGGCGGGAGGGGACGGGGCGGCGGAGGAUUGA